AUAAAUAUAUUAUAAAAAUCUUAUCGACUCGAAAAAAUGAUUCUCACACUACAUUGUGACCAUUUAAGUCAAAUUCCUCAAAACUUGAAUACAGACAUUUGCAGUAUUAGUGCCUUCAAAUGGCGUUUGAGUACCGUUGUUAGCGUUAUGUUGCUGGUAAUUGGCAUUCACGUGUUACGGAAGUGGAAAUAUAGAAUCCACCACACAUUAUUGUUGUAUCAUAAUCUGCGUGCUGCCGUUGCUUUGCUGUUGUUCGCACUAAAUACAAUCGAAUUAGCACGCGCGCUUUUGCCCAUAUCAGCACAACAAUUACAGCAACAACAAGCAGCAGCUGUUAACGUUAUGGGGGAUAAUUAUGCGAUCUUAAUCAUUGGCAACGACUUGCUGUGGAAUGCCCUGGCAGCGCUCUUCCUCACCAUAAUACUAAUGUGGUAUCAUCGCGUGAUGGAGGUGAAGAAGUCGACAAACUACCUCUACUUUACAUGCAUUGUUGAAUUAUUUAUUUGUUUUAUACGUACUUAUGAGCUUGCUGAGAUUUCCUAUUUUCAAAAUAUUUACGAAAUGGAGUAUUGUCUGCAAGUAUUAUCAGCUGUUUCGUUGAUGGGAAUGGCGGCAAUUGAUGGUUUUACAUUAUACAAAGAGCGUUUUCGCCCUGAUUAUUUAGAAGAUUAUGAGAAAAUCGGCUACAAACACACUUUGGCAACAUUUUAUUCGAAAGCUUGUUUUUGGUGGCUGACUCCCCUGCUAUGGUUUGGUUAUAAAGAGCCCCUAGAAGUGGAAGAUUUGGGACAAAUGCGUUUGGAGGAUAGCGCGCGUGCGCAUUACGAUCAAUUCUUGUUGAUCUAUAAAACAGCAAAGGUGAAAAAUGGCGAUCGUCCACCCUCAUUGUGGCUUUGCUAUUUGCGUAGCAGCUGGAGAAUGUUUAUGUUGGGCGGACUACUGAAGCUUUGCGGUGAUUUAUUUGCAUUAAUUGGCCCACUUGCCAUUCAACAAAUUGUGCAGUAUAUCGAAACCAUGUACAAUACGACUUACGCGAAUUGGUUGCACUCAAAUAGCACUAACAACUACAACACAAGCGCCACGACUCUCAACGACAACAUCAACAAUUCGAAUAUUGUGCAACGGGGUGUACGGGCAAGUGCGGCUAACCAUCGCUAUGAUAGUGUUGAAAUUGUUAGAAAUAGAUCAAUUACGCCAGGGGGAAUUCAAUAUCUCUAUAGUGACCACAGAAACAACAAUGGUAGUGACAGUAGGAGUAGCAGCAGCAGCAGCAGCAGCAGAUUUGGUAAUUUCCAUGACAGCAGUCGCAUUAGUUUGCAAACAGCAACAACAAAUUGGGUUACAAAUGCCUUGACAGCAAUCUUAACCACUAACAGUGCUGAUAGUAGCAUCAUUUCGGCUGCUAAUAGCAACAAUAACAAUAACUACCACAAUCACAAUUACAACAAGCACUUGAUCAGCCCAUCAGCUCAGGCCGCCGCAAUGAUAAGUGUGCCCAGUCCGUUAAGCGUUAGCCUCAGCAGCAUCAUCAACACUACCACCCACGCCACCACAAAUGAUAAUAAUCAAAUGUUGAAUGCCGGCAUCGAUUACAAUGGCAUUGAAGUGCAAAUUUACUAUCCGAAUUGGUUAGAUUUAGUGUCGAACGGUUGGGCUAUAGCUUGGCUGGUGCUGAUGGCCGCACUGGCGCAGGGCGCAUUCUCACAAGCCUCUACACACAUACUCAAUAUGACAGGCAUACGAAUAAAGACAUCGCUACAGGGUUUAAUCUAUCGCAAAACAUUGUUGCUCAAUUCAAGUGUUGGACAAACAACAGCUGCCACUGGCGAUGGUGGAUAUGAUGAAGGAUGUGAUGAUGGAGGCGAUGGUGGGACAAAAGGACAAAAAACGGAUGCGAGUGAAGUCGAUUCUGCUAUGGCAGCGGAAGAAGGUAAAGCAGGUGGCAAGGGUAAUGUUGAACCAGAUGUGGCUGGUGAGAACAAUGGCGGCGUAACAGAGAACGAUAUGGGCGGUUUGAGUGAUGUGGGCGCCAUAACAAAUCUGAUGUCGGAGGAUGCUUUGAAUGUCAUGUCAUUCUUUUGGAUAGCGCACUACGUAUGGGCGAUACCACUAAAGAUCGGCAUUGUUAUGUAUCUACUGUACCUUAAACUGGGCAUCAGCGCAAUUAUUGGUUCAUUUGUAUGCAUUCUAACGAUGACUCCACUGCAAUUUCUAAUCGGUCGCGCAAUGUCUUUCAAUACGGAAAAAGUAGCGAAAUGCGCUGAUCAGCGCCUAAGGAUGAUUCACGAUGUCUUAAUGGGUAUAAAAGCUAUAAAAUUUAAUGUGUGGACGGAAUCGUUUGUGCAUCGUAUUGAUAAGACGCGCAAAAAGGAAUUGAAAUAUUUAUGCUGGGACUCUUUUUAUUGGACAUUAAUGACCAUUCUCACACACAUAUCCAGCGUCCUCAUUAGCUACGUCACGCUAGCCGCAUAUGUCACGCUCGAAGGCGAUGCCAUGGAGUUCACCGCCAGUCGUUUAUUCUCCGCUUUGGCUCUUUUCCAACAGCUCACAGUGCCUCUACUCAUAUUCCCCAUAACCGUGCCCAUAAUUUUGUCCGCCGUCGUGUCGACCCGUCGACUUGAACGUUUUCUUAGCGCACGUGAAAUACACAAACAAUUCGAAGGUAUACGUCAUAUGGCACGCAUUCUCAGCAAAAGUGACGCCUCACUGGACUACUACGAGGUGCAAGACAAAUUAAACAAGGAAGCGGCGUUAAGUGAAAGCGGCAGCGGUGAUAGCCGCGGCUUAGGUUCGAAUAGUGAAAAGCAACGCGUGCAGCGUGAGAAUAAAUUAAACGAACGUCUAACGUUAAAACUGCACAUACCGGAGAGUCCAGCGCCAUUGGCGCAUUCAGAACCGCAAACGCCACUGAUUGCGUCCGACGCAACAGCUGUUGAUAAGAACUUGCUUACGCCGCGACGUAAUAGCGAAGAACAAUUGCUGGGCAGCGCUAUGGGUCGUAAAAUGAGUCAGCAGCGACGCGAUUUGCUGCGUAAUAGCCCCUAUGUCGUGAUACGGCCACGUAAGUUUCCCGGCAGCGCCACAGCGCAGGCGCAUGCGCAGCUGACGCCGGCACAGCAGCUGGCGCAUAAGCAUAUGGAUUCGUGGAGUCGUGAUUCGUUGGUGUUGAAGUUGCCGGACGAUAUGGCGGUGUCGGUACGUGAUGCAUGUUUCUCAUGGCAUCCGCAACGCGGCGACGAGACGCAACGGCUGAGCGUGCACAAUGUGAUAGUGCCGCGUAGUAAACUCACUAUGGUGGUGGGUAAGAAUGGCAGUGGAAAGACGUCGUUGUUGUCUGCAUUGCUGAUGGAGAUGCCGUUGCUGCGGGGCGAUAUCAUCUGGAAUAAAACUUCGACCAUUGCUUUUGUGCCACAACAACCCUGGCUGCUCAAUGCUAAUAUACGUGAGAAUAUUUUAUUUGGUGAAUCAUUUCGUCCACGGCGUUAUGAUUUCGUAUUGGAGGCGUGUGCACUGAAACCGGAUAUUGAACUGAUGCCGGAUGCGGAUUUUACGGUGAUUGGUGAGCGUGGCAUUAAUUUGUCGGGAGGUCAGCGACAGCGUGUAGCCAUAGCGCGUGCACUUUACUCGUCGGCCAAUGUGGUGAUAAUGGAUGAUCCUUUCUCAUCGCUGGACAAUGAAGUGGCACGUCAUAUUUUUGAGCAGAGCAUACAACGUAUGUUGCUAAAGGCGAAACGUACCGUUAUAUUGGUGACACAACAGUUGCAACUGACACAGCAUGCGGAUUAUUUAAUUGUCAUGAAAAACGGUCAGCUGCAGGCCACAGGCGAUUACAAGGAAAUCGAAUUGAAAUAUCCGCAUAUCGUUGCCAAAUGGCAAACAGUAAUUGCCAAAGUCAAUCAGCAGGCAGAGGAUGAAGAGAGCAACGUGGCUGCUGCAGGGAGAACAGCGCGUGAACGUUGGAAAUUAUACCAGAAUGUUGCGAAAUUAGGCCUGCAGCGCACAAAGUCCAGCAAAGUUGUGGCAACAAAAAUAAAGGCGAAAGCAAAAUAAAUAACGCUCGUACAGAGUUGCGCGAAAAUUGUUUUGGAUAUGAAUGAAGGCGUUGGAGGCGAUAUGGCUUCCGCUGGCGAUGCAGUUGUAGCGAUAACUGGCCGUGAAGUUGGUCUGGCAGCGAUUGCUGACAAAGCUGACGACAUGACUACUGCUGCGGUUGUUAUGGACAACGUGGCUGAGUUUGAAGAAGUUGAGACUGUGGAGGAUGAAGACGAUGACGAUGACGAUGACGGCGACGGCAACGGCAACGGCGAUGACGAUAGCAAUGACGAGGACAAUGAAGAUGAAGAAGAAGAUUUGAUGCCUGUGUCCCUUCCAUCGAUAAGUCGUUGUCGCAGCGGUAGCACGUACAUAAACCGCAUUGGCAGCAUACACUCCGCCGGUUCCGGCUCGUCGCUCAGCACCAUCGGUGGUCGUACGCCGCUCAGUCGUCAGCGCUCUAGCCUGUAUGGGUCGCGCCACCUCUUCUAUGAUGCUCCACUGCCUAUCGAUGAAUGUCAAAUGGAGGAUGUGAUUUUGAGGCGACGUCGACGUUCUCAACGCUACCGGCGAAACUCUCAACAAGACCCACAACGCCCCAUUUCACUCAUCUCCACCGGCAGCAGUCGGCUGAGCGGCGUCAGCGCAUCAACCACAGUUUCAGCUGAGCUGCGACGCAGUCUAUUCACUAACAGCUUCGGCAGCAGUGCACCCAGUUACAUGAGCGGCAAUAGUAUGUUGUCAGUGGAUACUGGCGUCGAUAUAGGGGGCGAACCAUUGCCAACGCGUACGCAGUCAUGGCAGCCACAAAGCACUGGCAAUGGCGCCGUUGAUGGGGUUCUGGCAAGUAAGGGUCAUCAGAAAGUAGCGCGUAACAAAUCUUCGCCUGGCUGUUUGGUACAUAGCACACAACAGCAGCAAAUGAAAGGAAAUAUGGAUGCCGAUAGCGGAGUAGGUAACAGUUUUCAACAGUUUUUGCGUCGCAUGUCGAUGCGUCGUUCAGCUGCACAUCGCAAAGCGCGACCCGUUAGCGGUACAAAUUCCAUAAGAAGUAUUACGGAGGAGGGCGCAACCAAUCAAACUACAUCUAUCUCAAGUUCGGUACCUUCAAUUGAGUUGAGUAGAGUAGCAACGCCUGAGGUAGCCGAAGAUCUAAAGGAUGCACCAAUUUCAGAGGAUGAUAGUUGGAUUGUUCAUAUCGAAAACGAAGAAGUAGCAGAUGCGAGUAUCGACUAUAAAACUUUGACAAACAUGACAAAUACCGCAAUGAACCGUGAUGAUGCCACGUCGCCAAAACGAAAAUACACAAUAAAGAGCAACAGGAGCAGCAUUAAAAGGUCAGCAGGUAGUGGUGCUGCUGUAACUGCUAGCACGUCUGUAGGCUACGACGUCGAACGAAAAUAUGGGAAAAUACCAGCCCACAUCUAUUUGUUGUACCUACGUGCGUCCGGUUGGCAAAUGGUGACGAUAUUCUUUUUGACGGCUCUGAUUUGGCAAGCUAUGCGUGUUUAUACGGAUGUUUGGCUACAACACUGGACCGACGAUGGUAGCACAGAUAAUGCCAACGCAUACGAUGGUAGUAGCGCUGGAGGCUACUGGGGGAAAGCUGAUGGUAUGACGAUGAUGGCUGUGUCACCACCACCAUCACCACCAUCCCCACCAGCAAUGAAGAGAUUUGAUAGAAUGGGAAUAUAUGCAGCAGUGGCAACAGCAGCGACAUCCAGGCCGGCGGCUGUCAUCAACACUGCUUACAAUAACACUAACAACAGUAAUAACAGCUACAACAAUAAUGACACUGACAAUGGUCACGCCGAGGAUGUCACGUAUUAUUUUCACAUUUAUUCGGCGAUUUCGUGCGUUUGCAUUGCAAUUGCGGCGAUAUCGACACCAGCCGGUCAAUUGGCUGGCUGCAAUGCGCGCAGCAAUCUACACGACCAAUUGCUGUUGGCAAUUAUGCGAAAACCGUUGCACUUUUUCCAGGUGACCCCACUUGGACGACUGAUGAAUCGUUUCGGCAACGAUAUGGCCAUCAUCGAUAAGAAAAUUGCUGCCACCAGCCAACGGCUGUUACAAUUCUCACUACUCUGCUUGUGCGCUGUGCUCAUCAACGUCAGUAUUACGCCCUGGUUUAUACUAUUAACAGCGCCGAUUUGUAUUGUUUAUUAUGUCAUACAGAAAUUCUACAGGUGCUCAGCGAGAGAAUUGCAGCGUAUUGAAAACUCAACCAGUUCACCGGUCAUCUCUCACCUCUCAGAGACCAUACAGGGUGUAACCACCAUAAGGGCAUACAAUCAAGAGGCACGCUUUACCGAGAUACUCUUCAAACGAUUGGAAGCGAAUACGAUUGCAUUUACGAUCUUAAAUACGAGUAAUCGUUGGUUGGGCAUAUCGUUGGACUUGCUUGGCGGUUUUAUUGUGUUCAUUGCGAUCAUAACCGCUUUGAUAGCAGCAUCUAUAAGUUGUAGUCGUUUAAUAAAAACUAAGCAAUAUUGCAACACACAUUCUACUCCCGAUUUGUUGACGCCUUCACCUUCAUUGGUCGGGUUGGCAAUCAACUAUACUCUCCUAAUACCGAUCUAUUUGAAUUGGGUUGUCAAGCUUCUAGCCGAUAUGGAAAUGUAUGUGGGUUCAGUGGAACGUAUUGCAUACUAUGCUGAAAUUGAUCAAAAUAUUGAAACACCGUUAGACAUAACUUGGGCGAUACAGUUGCCAGUGAGAAAGGCAAAACAAAAUCAGCUGGGAAAUCGUCAAAAGAUUCAUGAGUCGGUUCAAAUUUCCUGGCCUCGACAAGGUGAUAUCAGCUUCGAAAGUGUUAGUUUAUGCUACGAAGGUCAGAGGGAAAAGGUGAUAAAAAAUUUAACACUAAAAAUUCCGUAUGGACAAAGGAUCGGUAUUUGUGGCCGCACAGGCAGCGGUAAAUCUUCGUUAGCCAUGUCGCUGCUCGGUGUGCUACAAACCACCGCCGGACGCAUCUGCAUCGAUGAUGUGGACAUAACCAAAAUUCAUCCAGAUGAGGUGCGCAUGCGUGUAUCGAUGAUUCCACAGGAUGUGCAUAUUUUCAAUUUGAGCAUACGUGAAAAUCUUAAUCCUACCAACUACUAUGCCAUCUCUGAGCUGUGGGGUGCAUUGGACAAGGUGGGAUUGAUGAGUUUUGUCAAUCAAUUGCCUGAGAGUAUUGACACCAUUGUUGGCGAUGGCGGUGUGCAGCUGAGCGCCGGUCAACGGCAGCUGAUGUGCUUGGCGCGCAUACUUUUACGCGGUUCGGUGUGCUUGAUACUCGAUGAGGCGACCAGUUCCUUGGAUAACGCCGCCGAGCAGGCGUUACUCACAGCGGUGCAUUGCUCAUUUCGUGGGCGUACAAUAAUAACUAUAGCUCAUCGCCUGUCGACAAUACUUGAUUAUGAUCGCAUUAUUGUUUUAGAGCAGGGUCGCAUUAUUGAGGAUGGCACACCAGCUGAGUUGCAGCAGCGUAAGGAGGGCGCUUUCUAUAGCCUUUUGCAUUCAGGGCGUCCUUUAAACUCCGUGGGUGGUGAGCACGAGAACAGCAAGUGCAACAAGAAAUGAGUUCUUAAAGUUUAGGCUCCAUAGUUUUUUAUAUGCCGACGUGUGUAUGUAUGUAUGUGCAUUUAUUAUUGUGCCAUAUUUUGCCGUAUUUUGUAUUGUAAAUUACUAACUAUUUUUUUACCUUAUAGUAAUUCAAUAUUUUUUUUAUUUUUGCAUUUUGUGCUUUUUUCAAAGUGCCACAUCAAUGCAACAUCCUAAAGUUAUAAAUAUUUAUGGCUGCAAUCAAUAUAGUAUUAUUGUAAGUUCUACUUUUAGGCUGAUAUUUCUACUUAAAAAUACGCUCAUCAUAUUUUCUAGUCUUUCUUGUUUGAAAUUAUUUAUUAUUUUUACGCGAUUUUUGGUACUUACUAUAAGUAUACAGCAUGUACUUGUACAUUUUUGUAA